AUGAUCUGCGAUACAUGUUUGGCAAUAGUCUAUCACGAAGGUUAUAAGAAAGAUCCACCAGAGCGUCUUGACAGCGUGCGGCAUCAUUCUUGCUAUGCAGAUGUGGAGAGUUCAGACAAGAAAGGGUGCAAGAUUUGUUCAUUCCUUCGACAGGUACUUUUCAAUCACCGCCCAGGUCACCCCUUUUCUUCCUUCGAAGAUGCCGAAGCAUAUCAAAAACGAUUAGAUCAAGUGCUGGAGCAGCCCUUUUUCUCAGUACACUUUGUUUGGGCGGAGAUUGAUGACAACUUCGCACCAUGCUGUUUGGGCCUGCAGGGUUUUAAGUACCUCCGGUCCUAUGAAGAAGAAAAAUAUCACCUUCCUUAUGUUAAUGUUUCAUCCCUGCCAGGUACAUGCUCACGAGUUAUCCUUUGUUAUUAGAUUGCAUUUAACUUUGUACAGAUGGCAUACCUCUGGACGGCCGGUUUUGGCACAUCACUGGAAGACACUUGGGGCCUAUAAUGGACUUUUCGUUGGCGAAGUGCUGGCUCAACGAAUGUGCUGGCUAGCACCAAUUCUGUUCCGCGGCGAUAAGCACUCCGCUACCUUCUCGAAUCCUUGAAUUGGGAGCUCCAGGAGAAACUCAUGAUGUACGGCUUAAGGUCAAUGCUGGCAUUUCUGAGCGCUAUGCAACUCUGAGCCACUGCUGGGGUGAAUCGCAGCCAUUAAAGCUUACCCGAUCAACAUUUGAGGAGUUUCGGACGGGGAUUGCAUUCGAAAGUCUACCACGAACUUUCCAGGACGCUGUUACUGCUGCGCAAUCGUUAGAGCUCAAGUAUCUUUCGAUAGACUCUCUAUGCAUUGUACAAGACUCAAAAGAGGAUUGGGAAGAGCAGUGUACAGCCAUGAGACAGAUUUACAAAUAUUCCUUUGUUACACUAGCCGCUCUAGGGGCCUCUGAUUGCAAUGCCGGGUUUCUUCGCAGCCGGUCACUCCCAUUGAAAGUGGACUUUCAGCUCUCCGACGGCGCUUCAGUGUUCUUAUCUCACCAUGGUUGUGCCGACUAUCCUUACGACGGGCCCCCAAAUAGGCAAGAUUACAUGCGUUCAGAUAAACGUGACUAUAGACCUUUAACUGAACAGAACUUAAGAUUAUUCAAAAGAGCUUGGAUCUUACAAGAAAGACUUCUUUCAAGUCGUGUUCUUUACUUGAGCACUUCGAGAAUGUACCUUGAGUGCUUCACAAACAAUAGAUAUGAGGACUGUCAUUAUCCGACCCCUGGUCCAGACAAAUUGCUCAGCAACAAUGUUGCGAAGUGGAAAUCUGAACAGUUGGGUAAUGAACUACAACGUUUCUCUCACUGGGAACACCUUGUCGUACGCUAUUCAAACAUGAACUUGACUUAUAGGACGGAUAGAUUACCAGCUCUUUCUGGCCUGGCAUCGGAGUUUCAUAGAGUGACCAAAGCGACAUACUUGGCAGGCCACUGGAUAGAGGACUUGAACCUGGGAUGGUUUGUAAUGCCUCAAGGGCAGUCUAAAGCGGCACUUUCAGGCUCUGAGUAUGUCGCGCCGUCUUGGUCUCGGGAUUCUUCAAAUGCUCCUAUUGAGUUCUAUCGUCCCUGGGAGGAUCCAAAGGGUAUGGUGUUUUACCAUAGAUUGAGAUUAAUCAGGCCGUCUCUUCCACAGGAAUUGAUUCGUUCGGUAUUGUGA